GCAGGAAGCACUCCAUUCUUUCUACACCGUUGGAGGAAGAUAACUGACUGCCGAACUGCAACUGCUCGCUGCCGAAGCAAGAGGGCUUCACGUACAAGGGAGAAAAACUGUGGCUGUAUUCCAGUUAUUCUAGGUCUUUUCAUGGCAUGUGGUGUUUUCGUAUUGAUCGUAAACUCAAUUGCAUCUCCUGAAAGCAGUGCACUCAUUUCUGAGAAUUCGAAUCAUGGACGAAGAAUAGAAAAUGGAGCAUCAGAAUAUCCUCUUCCAAAGGAAGCACUACAUAGGAUUCGAACAAGAACGGAAAACAUUGCUAUUGUAAGCAUUAUGAGCAAAGACUCCAACACAACGAUGUACAAAACGGCAUUGGAAUCAAUGAAGUGCUAUGCGCUGCAAAACAACUACUCAUUCUUAUUAUUGAACGGUGGAGAUUUUGAGACAAUUUGUAAACAUGAAGAUAUUAUGUUCCAGCGCCACUGCAUUGUCUCCAAUAUCCUUGAAUUAUAUGAUUUUACUUGGGUGCUCUUCGUGGACAGCGAUAUUGGAGUUGUAAACGAGAAAAAGAUGCUGGAAGACUAUAUCAAAGAAGAUGCUCAUGUCAUUUUCUAUGAACGGUUUUUCAACUUUGAGAUAAUGGCAGGCACCUAUUUUGCUAAAAAGUCCGCUUUUUCUAUAAAAUUCUUACGUGGUUGGGCCGACUAUGAAUUCCGUCUUCCAAAAAGCUUUCACGGGAGGGACAAUGGAGCUUUGCAU